UUGUGUUCGUUGUGAAUAGCAAAACUAUUGUUUUGCUCAUCCAAACUCAAUCAUAUGAAUAGAGAAUACGAAUAGUUUUCAAUGUUUGUAACAUGGCAUUGCCGCGCAUAACAGACUAUGAAAUUCUUGAAAAGCUUGGAGCAGGCAGUUACGCGACCGUUUACAAGGCUCGUCAUAAAAAACAGCGAACUUAUCAUGCCAUCAAGUACGUGGAAAUGUCAUCGCUGUCACAGAGCUCCCGCGACAAUUUAAUUACGGAAAUUCGUCUUUUGCGCGAUUUAAAGCAUAAGUACAUUGUGACACUUCAGGACUUCUUUUGGGAUGACAAAAACAUUUAUAUCCUACUGGAGUACUGCAAUGCGGGCAACCUGUCUGCCUUCAUAAGAACCAAGAAAGCGCUGCCCGAGAGCACUUGCCGCUAUUUUCUACGGCAAUUGGCAGCUGCCGUACAAUACUUGCGAGCCAAUGACAUUUCCCACUUCGAUCUUAAACCGCAGAACCUUCUACUCACGCGGGGUACCAAUAAUGUAUCUCUAAAGGUAGCAGAUUUCGGAUUUGCUCAACACCUAAAAUUGGGCGAGUUGAAUGAACAGCUAAAAGGCUCGCCACUUUACAUGGCACCAGAAAUAGUCCGGAAGCACAAAUAUGAUGCCAAGGCGGAUCUCUGGAGUAUUGGUGUCAUUCUGUAUGAAUGCCUUUUUGGUAAAGCCCCCUAUAGCUCGCGGUCCAUAGAGGAGUUACUGCUGCGCAUACGCAAUGCUGAACCAAUUGAACGGCCAGCAAAUGCACGAAUCAGCAAGGAGUGCGACGACUUAUUACGUCGCCUUUUGGUGCACGAGCCGGUGGAACGUAUCUCGUUUGACGAUUUCUUUGCGCAUCCAUUUUUGGAUCUGAAAACAUUCCCCACGGAUCAGACACUGAAGAAGGCUGUGGAUUUAGUGACUCAGGCAGUUGAACACGACGAGAAGCAUAAUUACAAAGAGGCUUAUUAUCUAUACUGCAGCGCACUCCAAUAUUUUGUGCCACUGAUCACCGAGGAAUCAGAUGCAACUCGACGGCAAGCUUUGCGCAAUCGCGCUUUAGCAUACAUGAAGCGUGCCGAGGAAAUUAAGAAUGUCAUUAUUGAGGAUGAGUACAAACUACUGGCCCAGCGCAAUGGAAGAAUAACCACAGCUCUGCCAUACCUAACGCCAUCACGUGCCGAAACUGGCCACGAAGAUGGGUCUGCGACGGAAUCUAGUCAAACCAGUUCGUCUCGCAUAAUCGAAAUGUUUGAGCCUGAUGUGCGAUACAAGCAACUUUUUGCCCUAUCGAACUCGAGUCCGUCCCUGAAAUCUGGUCUGGAAAUUGGGCGCCAGGGCGAACUUUACCUCUACGAACGGAAGUUGGAUGCUGCCUUGGAGUCAUACACUUCUGCACUGGGUAUUCUGGUGCCUUUUGUCAACAAGGAACCUAAGGGCGAGCGACGAAAUUUGUUGCUUCAGCAAUUGGAGUUUUGGAUAAAGGAAGCCGAGAGCAUUAAAAGCAUUUUGAGCGCCAAGAAUUUGGACGAGGAGGAACAAAAAUUAUCUACGGUCUCUUCGCAGAACCACAUUCCAAAAUUGCCAUUUUCACGAUUACAUUUGCAUAUAAGGCCUCACAUUUAUUUGUUUUUAUGCAUAGUUUUUGGUUCAAUUCAAAGUGCUUAAUCAAAGAUUAGUAAAACUCAUUAAGUCGUUAAGGAAUACAAAUAUAUAUAUAAACAUAUUAAAUAAAAUGCUAAUGAACUGAUAA